CUCAUUUCGAGUAUUUGUGGAAUGUGGGUUUCCAAGCGCAGCAGUUGGUGGCCAACUCCCGCUGAUCCUCGCAUGAUAGGGGGCUUAAUUCGUAGACUAUAACUUUAUUUUCUCUGUUGACUGCAGGUUGAGCACCAUCUGCUGAACGAUAGUGCUUAGUGAAACCGGGCUCACCUUAUCAUGGCCAACCGCCACGUUUUAACACGCUAACGAGCAAUGCGAAAGUCUGAUACUUGGGCUCUGUUGUCAAUUGACGUUCUGUGUUCAUAAAUAUCGCGAAGCCAAACCACCAGUUAGAACCUGUCUUUGUUUAUACUAAAGCGCAAACCAGAAACGUAGUUUAGUGCUUCGGCAACGUGUGAACUAUAUAAUUCACGUAAUAAAAUAUAUUGUACGCUGACAACUUUGUCUUGGCUUUGAAGUUAGUCUCGAAGGACCAAAUGCAUUCUUUGGUUGGCUAAAAGUAUUGUUUCAUUGUGGAAAAGUCGAAGUCGCCUAUUAUAGGUAUGUGAAGUUUUUUUACUGUUGUCUUCCCUUUAUUCUUUAAUGAUAUGUAAUUAUAUAAUAGACUUACUUAUUGAAUAGUGUUAGCUGUUGAAAAAUUUACAGAAAAGUUUAUAUUUCCUGUUAAAAAUUUUGUAUCGAAGAGCAAACUGUAUUCUAUAUAGCUAUAUGUGACUAAAGCAUUGAUGAUUUGGAUUUCACGGCCGGUUUAUUAAUGUUUAUAACCAGUUUACAUGUAGUUUUUGCCGGACAUACGGUUCAUUGUGGUUUGCAUCCUCAGUUUUAAGUAUACAGCGAAAGAAAAGCUGUACAUGUGUUUUGAAAACUUUAUAAUAUAUAGACGUUGCAUUGGUUGGUUGGGUUAAUUGGUAGUCCUCGGCUCAUCAGAAAUAUUGAUACAGUUCAAAUAUAUAGGUAAUAGGAGCAAUUAUAAAAUCAAUUUCGGCAUGUCUAUUCUAUCAAUUAUAUUUGCCUCAAUUAUCUAUACAAUGCCAACAUAGCACAGAGAGUGUCGCGAAAAUAUGCAAUAGCUAUGUUCCAAGAACCAUUAUUAUAGGGCUGCUUGAUCGAAGUAUAAAGGGGGCAUCAAACCUAUAUUGACAUAACUAAUAACACAACUGAUGUAUGUUUUCAUUGAAUGAACCAGAAAUUAUUUUCGACAGCCAUAUAUGGCAUAUAACAUUGGUUCUUCAAGAUUAAUUUUAAUAAUCCGAUUUGGGUUAUGUAUACUAGUCUCAGUCUCAAAAUUCAUCUUAUUACUAUUAGCUGUGUAAAAAUACUAAGCUGUCGCAUUUUCGGGUUAUAGACAUGUUGCUGUGCCUGUACGCAUAACUCCAUUAGUGGUCAACCCUUUCGGCUAAUUGGUUGUCUUAAGCCUAGUUUACACUAUCAACGUUUCUGUGAUCACAGUAGGAAUUUUGCAUAGGUAAAUUCUAAGUGUUGAAAGGAUUUUGUUAGAAAUGUUUGAGGAAACUGAUUCUGUGUUUAAAUUAACAUUGGAUCAGUUCCCCCAAGCAUUUCUUACAAAUCCUUCAAAAUUUAGAAUUUACCCAUGCAAAAUUCCUACUGUGAUCAAUGAAACGGUCACAUAUUUGCAAUUGACGUCACUGACAAAUAAUUUGACACAAAGUAUGGCAAAGCGUAUGCAUUCAUUAGCCGUCAAAAUUUCACAAGUUUACUUCAGUAAAGGCUAAAGCUCCAGUUUAUUGCUUUUAUUUACCUUGAUCAGUAAUAAGAAUUCAGAAAGGCAAUUGGUUUUUUUUUUGGCAAAUUCAGACAGUCGUUUCCUCUGCUGUCCGACAUUUUACUGACCCAAAAUCGCGUGAUUCCUUAGCAUGACCUAAUAAUAUUUUCGCGUGACUUCAAGACGGCAUGAAUAUUAACCUUUCGUAUGUAUUACAAAUUUCAGGUCUACUCUUGGGGACCGCUGACUACUAUGCUUGCAGACACAAGUUUCAUCGUGACCGGUUCUGAGACAGAACAGUACCCCAAAGUUCGUAACCGUCAUCAUCACUCUUCGCGUUACCUCGCACCAACGAGCAAACGCAUCACGCUAAACGUGAACGGAACACGUUACCAGACAUACGAAGAAACGCUGAAUAACUUUCCCGACACGCUAUUGGGUAGCCCUACGAAACGUGAAACGCUUUACAACGAACGCACGGACGAGUAUAACCUGCCUCGGAACAAGUUUGCAUUUGACUCUAUUCUUUUCUAUUAUCAGUCGCGCGGGAUCCUCGCGAGACCCAGCACGGUCUCCGUGAAAGAUUUCGAUGAAGAACUUCUGUUUUAUGAAAUCUCGAACCCAGACCCUAUGGCUAUGUCAACGCGCGAAGAAGAAUCGCAGGAUCUGGAGCCAUCCAUGGUCGGGAAAAGUUUCAAGGAACGGAUGUGGAUUAUUUUAGAGUACCCUAACAGCUGUCGGCUGGGCCAAAUCAUAGCACUAAUCUCUGUAAUGGUAAUUGUAUUUUCGAUCGUGAUUUUUACCAUUGAAACGUUAGCAUCGUUACGAAAGAAGCAAGAUAGCGAUCUUUGGUUUGCUUUUGAGACUGUAUGCGUGAUAUGGUUCUCUGGAGAGUACCUGUGUCGGCUUUACUCGGCCCCAAUCCGCCGCCAUUUCGUAUUCUCCGCGAUGGGACUUGUGGACUUGUUGGCGAUACUUCCAUAUUUGGUCACAUUGCCUUUUAAGGAAGAACUGGACGACGUGCGCUCGUUUUUGGUCAUGCGUGCUCUCAGAUUAUUUCGCGUGUUGCGCGUCUUUAAACUAUCACGCUACAGUGUUGGGUUUAAAAUUCUACUCUACACAAUUAUGGAUAGCGUUGAACAAAUGCGUCCGAUACUAUUUUGUACCGCCAUUGCAGUCACAGUAUUUGGCAGCAUCGAGUACGUCGUCGAGGGGCCUGAGGGAGAGUUUAUGAGCAUCCCUCACAGUAUGUGGUGGGCAGUGCAAACGAUGUCAACAGUAGGGUAUGGGGAUAUUGUCCCCAUUACCCUCCUAGGACGGUUUGUAAGCGCGCUAUGCGCUCUGAGUGGUAUCAUAUUGUUCUGCCUACCUUCUCCUAUAUUGGUGGCUAAUUUCCUGAAACAUUAUACACGCGCGUUUUUGAACCCACAAACUCAAGAUAAACUUAGCGAUGAACAAAAAAUUCUGAUUGAAAAUAUGCAGAGGAUUUACCUCUCGACGAAUAGAUAG